CUCCCCACACAAAUACACACAUAUAUCCCCCCAUCCAUAUUUUUCCACUCCCACUGCUUUAAUUAAUUAUUCAUUUCCAAAAGCUCUCCGCCCGCCCGGAGAGGUUUCUUCAGCCGCGGAACAUGGACGGAGAACACGGUGGCGGGCGGCUGAUUGUGAGGGGUAGAGCGGAGAUCGAUACCAGAGCGCCGUUCAAGUCGGUUAAGGAGGCAGUUAUGUUGUUCGGAGAAAGAGUUCUGGUUGGGGAAAUUUAUUCCAAUAAAAUAAAGGAAAUGGCGGAAGGAGGACAAUCUCAAACUAGAAUAGGCGUCUUAACCGCGGAGCUAGAAGGAACAAAGGAAAGUCUAGAGAAAGCCAAAGAAGAGAACGGAGUACUAUCAUUUUGCCUCCAAUCUCUCACAGACGAGCUCGAGCGAACCAAACAAGAACUUGAAAAACUCAAGUCAAUAGAACACCAAAGCCCGCACCGAUGUGAUGAUCAUCGUCAUCUGCUUUCACUAGCCAUGACAAUGCAUCCCGACGUGGACGAAGAUCUCAAGUUCGUAGAGAAUGAAAAAGCAAACAACAAAAAUAACAACGAAGAAGAAACGAAUAAGAAUAACAAUGCAAUAAUAUUGCAAAAUAGGAGAAGUGUGAAAUUUGCAAGUCCUCCUGAAUUGGACCGAAUCAUGGUUAAUAAGAACGAGGAAUCACUGUUGGCUCAAAAACCAUCGUUAUUAUCACCUCCAGGUUCGUCUUCGGUUAAAAGAUUGAAGAAAAAGGGUUUGGUUCCUUUGAUUGGAUGGCUUUUCGCUAAAAAGAAGGGAAAUCAUUAAGAAGUUUGAUUUUAUAUAUAAGAGUUUAAAUUUGAUUUCGGAAUCUAUAGAUCAUAUGAUUAUUUUGGCAUGCAAAUUCAAAUUGGUUUUUGUAUGUCCUUUUAAUCUUGGGUUUUGCAUGCUUACGAUUUUGAAUGUGUGUACUGUAUUGAGUUUUCACAUUGAAUAAAAAUGUUUUGAUAAUUUUCUUGUUUGGUUCGGUGUCUUUAUUAGAUUAGUUACUCGUCAAAGGUGCCCCAAGAUCAAAAAGGUCUAAAAUUUUGAUGAAGUCAUAAUUUCACAAAAACAUUACUAAAAUGUUGUGUUGAAUGA